GAAGGGGAGCGACCCGCUGCCCAACAGCAUCCUUCCCAUCCCGUCCUCCCGGUGCCCGGGGCGGGCAGCCUGGAUUACAAUGACCGCCGCAGCCACCCACAAACUCACCAGCACCAAGGAGGAGAGGAAGUUAAGGAAACCCCUCAUUGAGCGGAAGCGAAGGGAAAGGAUUAAUAACUGCUUGGACCAGCUGAAGGAGACUGUUGUGGGUGCGUUUCAUCUGGAUCAGUCUAAACUGGAGAAAGCAGACAUCCUCGAAAUGACGGUGAAGCACCUCCAGAACAUCCAGAGCAGCAAGCUGCUGGCUGACUCCAAAGUGGGUCUGGAAGCCCAGCAGAGGUACAGCACCGGGUACAUCCAGUGCAUGCACGAGGUGCACAACCUCCUCCUCACCUGCGAGUGGAUGGACAAGACCCUCGGGGCGCGCCUGCUAAACCACCUGCUCAAAUCCUUACCCAGGUCUGGAGAAGACACCUGCAAAGCGGCACUGAGGUCUUCAAGCCCAUCUCAGCCACCUCUCUUGACGCCAAAAAGCCCCCUGAGCCAGAAGGGCAGCACUCGGGGCACAAACCCGUCACAGGAGCGUUUCUACCCUGCGGAGAAUAAGCAGGUUUCAAAAAAUUCCUUCCAGCUGCCGUCGCUGUCGGUUUUCAGCCAGGUUGAUGCUGCGCCUCCCAGACAGGUCCUGCAGCCAAAUUUUUCCCAUAACAGCCCUAGAAUGGGGUCAUUAGAUAUGUGGAGACCGUGGUAACCUGUGUUUUAUAAUGUUUACCCUAACCUUAGACACUCUUACGUAUGUAUCUUAUAGAUAUGUUUCUUUAAAACACUUGUGGAGCAAGUCUGCUCCUGUAGGUGUACUAAAGACCAGGGUACUUCAGGCCGAAGUAAACCUAUGUGUAGCCUGCAUUGUAGAAGGCUGCUAUUAUUUUUUAUUUAUUUAAUACAUCUAAAUUAUUGUAUAGACUCCUCUCAUGCCCUUUAGUGUAUAUUAACUAUAUAGCUUUCUUGUUUUACAUUCUUAAAAUAAUUAACUCCCUAUUAAUAAAAAUACAAGACAACGAGCUACGACCCUCUCUGGCAUCAAGCUUACCUCUCAGAUCUCACCUAAGUCACUGAGAUCACUUCUUUGGAUAAAGGGGUAAACCGCCGAUCUCUUCUGCUUUUUAUUUUUAUUAUUAUCCCUGUGCAGCUGUAGGAGAUUCUGGUUCUCAUUCCUGUAAAAAUGCUGUGGUGGUUAGAAAAAAAAA